CAAAGAACACAACAAACGAACUAGCUUAAGGCAAUAUACAAGCCAAGCGCUCAGCAAUGGCGAUCACACGCUCCUCCUUGGCCAUUUGCCUCAUCCUCUCUUUGGUUACCAUAACCACCGCCGAUUACUACUCUCCCUCAUCUCCUCCGGUUUACAAAUCACCGGAACACAAACCCACGCUCCCGUCUCCGGUUUACACUCCACCCGUUUACAAGCCUACCCUCUCCCCUCCAGUCUACACUAAGCCAACUAUCCCACCUCCGGUUUACACCCCACCGGUUUACAAGCAUACACCCUCACCUCCGGUUUACACUAAGCCAACUAUCCCACCCCCAGUGUACACCCCACCCGUUUACAAGCCAACUCUCUCACCUCCGGUUUACACUAAACCCACUAUCCCACCUCCCGUUUACACCCCACCGGUUUACAAGCCAACUCCGGUUUACACUAAGCCAACAAUCCCACCUCCGGUUUACACUCCACCGGUUUACAAGCCUACUCCCUCUCCCCCGGUCUACAAAAAGUCUCCAAGCUAUUCGUCUCCUCCUCCUCCAUACGUACCAAAACCAACCUACACUCCAACCACCAAGCCAUACGUCCCAGAGAUUCUUAAGGCCGUUGAUGGCAUCAUUCUAUGCAAAAACGGCUACGAAACCUACCCUAUUCUAGGAGCAAAGAUACAGAUUGUGUGUUCCGACCCAGCAUCAUACGGUAAAAGCAACACCGAGGUUGUGAUCUACAGUAAUCCAACUGACUCUAAGGGAUACUUCCACUUGUCGUUGACCAGUAUUAAGGAUCUAGCUUACUGUCGUGUCAAGCUCUACUUAUCUCCGGUCGAGACUUGCAAGAACCCGACCAAUGUUAACAAGGGUCUCACAGGAGUUCCCUUGGCGUUGUACGGAUACCGUUUCUACCCGGACAAGAACUUGGAGCUCUUUAGCGUCGGACCUUUCUACUACACUGGUCCCAAGGCUGCCCCCGCCACUCCCAAAUACUGAUCGUGAUGAUCAUAUUAUGAUGAUGAUGAUUAUGAUUUUGCAUGCAUUAUAUAAGAGGUCACUUUAAUCAAUUUAUUAUUUGGAAUUUUUUCCCUUGAAAAUGUUCUUUUGUUUGUUUGUUCCGAUUUCAUUUGAUUCCAAUGCAAUCUAUCCUUUUGGUUAUGCUUUUCAUUUCAUAUAAUAAAAUUGCAAGAGUAAAUUCUUUUUUUUUUUUUUUGUUUAU